AUGUCCAUCCGCGUUCUGAUCAAAGAAUACCCACACCGUGCAAUCGCCCUCGCAACCUCGACCCACGCCCUCGUCCUACGACAUAGCUCCUCGUCCACCGAGCUUACUGGGAACUUCAAUGCCUCUUCAACAUCGCUGGGUAGCAAUGGCUCGGGCGCAACGCGCUGUAUGGUCGAGUUUUCAAACUUGGAAGACGUGGACCUAAAUGAGUACCGAGCACUACACUCCGUAAACGCACAUGGCACCCUAGGACUCAUUACCGUAAACGGCGACGUAUUUCUCGUAGUGGUCAAUGGCGCGAGCAAGGUCGCAACCGUGCGGCCGGGCGAGACGGUGCAGAGGAUACACUCUGUAGGCUUCUACUGCCUGACCAGCUCGAGCUACGAUACCCUCCUCAACGACGAAGUCAAUCCGUAUCCGACAGACACAAUAGAUGACGAGGGAUAUGAAAUGGGCUUUGGAGGCAGAAAAGAACAGUCGCCGCUAGAACACCCGUGUUUGGCGUUGAAGAAGCUGUUGAGUAGCGGGACGUUUUACUACAGUUCGGACUUCGAUCUCACGAGGCGGUUACAAGACCGGACAACGGACGCUGUGACAGUGUCUCUCGAUAGUUUGGACGCUGGCUUCCUAUGGAAUUCGUACAUGAUUCAGCCGUUGGUAGACUUCAGGAGUAGGCUUGCGCCCAGGGAGAAGGAAGCGUUGGAUGCGUCAGGAAUCCUGACUUCUGCCAUCCGAGGCUUUGCGCUCACGAUCACGGUCCCCACGUCUUCUGCGCCUAUAAAAGUUACAGGAUCAGGGGCGCCGUCGUCAAUGACACUCAUUUCGAGAUUGUCGUGUAGAAGAGCAGGCACGAGGUUCAACUCGCGAGGCAUUGACGAUGAUGGAAAUGUCGCCAACUUCGUGGAGACUGAGACCAUCUAUUGGGCACCGUCUGGGGCUUGCUUCUCAUACGUGCAAGUGCGAGGAAGCGUCCCAAUCUUCUGGGAACAGCAGUCCGGUCUUCUUCCUGGGCAACAAAAGAUCACUAUCACUCGGUCUCCAGAAGCCACGCAACCCGCCUUUGAUAAACAUUUUGAAAACCUGGAGCUGAGCUAUGGCGCAAUACAUGUAGUAAACCUGCUUAGUAACGAGAAACCGAACGAGAUCGAAUUGACGGACAGAUACCGAGGUCACGUUAGGAACAGCCCCUUGAAUUACGGCAGCGAGAGGGGCGAUAGAGAUCACGAGCUAAUCAAGCUUACGGAAUAUGACUUUCAUGCCGAGACACGAGGACCUGGCGGGUAUGAAAUGGCUAGUAUGAUUGCACGAUGGAUUCAAGAUUCUGCGGAAGGCUUCAACUACUAUCUCUCUGAAGAUAUUGAGGAAGAUGCUAGAUCGAAUGGACAAAGUUACGUCAUCCGACGGCCAAUGACGAUAUUACAGCAAGAAGGUGUAUUUAGAACGAAUUGCUUGGACUGCCUGGAUCGGACGAAUCUAGUCCAGACCAUCAUCAGUAAGAUGGCUCUGGAGAUAUUCCUCAAUCACAAAACCUUGAAGGCAACCCAAGAUUUCUGGGCCAGACAUUCAAGCAUGUGGGCAGACAAUGGCGAUGCGUUAUCUAGGAUAUACGCUGGAACGGGAGCGCUGAAGUCUUCGUUCACGCGACAUGGAAAGAUGUCUUUAGCUGGAGCGUUGGCAGAUGCCCGCAAAAGCGCUACGCGUAUGUACAUCAACAACUUCGCCGACAAAGGGCGGCAGAACACUAUCGAUGUGCUUCUUGGGCGCAUGAUGGGCCAAGUCCCAGUCCAUCUCUACGAUCCAAUCAACGAUUACGUUGUUGCAGAGCUUGCAAGGCGUUCUGCAGAGUACUCGGAGACGGAGAUGAUCAACAUGCUGGUAGGGACUUUCAAUCUCAACGGUAAAACGAGCGGUAUCAAGGAAGACCUAUCAUCAUGGUUAUGCCCGGAUGUCGACCCCUCACAGCAAUGCCCUGAGAUAGUAGCUGUGGGCUUUCAGGAGAUUGUUGAUCUGAGUCCUCAGCAGAUCAUGUCGACAGACCCGGCUAGACGGGAGUUGUGGGAGAACGCGGUGAGGAACUGUUUGAACAAUAAUGCGGAGAAAUUUGGGAAGGGCGAGUAUGUGAUCGUUCGCGGUGGACAACUCGUCGGUGCGAGUUUGUCCGUCUUCGUCAGAUCUGACUGCCUCAAGCACAUCAAAAACGUCGAGGGUAGUUUGAAGAAGACUGGCAUGUCCGGCAUGGCUGGUAAUAAGGGAGCAGUAGCUAUCCGUUUUGAGUACGCCAACACCUCGAUCUGCCUGGUCACCGCACAUUUAGCCGCUGGUUUCGCCAACUAUGAGGAAAGAAACCGCGACUAUAAGACCAUCAGCCAUGGUCUGCGGUUCCAGAGGAAUCGAUCGAUAGAAGAUCAUGAAACAGUGAUCUGGCUGGGUGACUUCAACUACCGCAUUGGCCUUGGUAAUGAGAAGGUCCAAAGACUGUGCCACGUUAAUGACCUCGAGACCUUGUACGACAACGAUCAGCUUAAUCUACAAAUGGUUGCCGGUCUGACCUUCCCCUACUACUCUGAAGCCCGAAUCACCUUUCCACCCACCUACAAGUAUGACCUCAACAGUGACCAAUACGAUACUUCUGAAAAAGCACGCAUUCCGGCCUGGUGCGACCGUGUGUUGCGCAAAGGCGACAACAUUAGGCAAAUCCAUUAUGACGCAGCGCCGCUAAAGUUUUCCGAUCAUCGACCUGUCUAUGCGACGUUUCAAGUCCUAGUUCAAAGAGUCGAUGAUAAGAAGAAGGACGCGUUGAAGGCGGCUCUGUACCGGCAACGAAGAGAAGUCGUAGGGGAUACUAGAGCUGGAGGACAAUUGGGCGAAGAAGAAUCGGAUGAUGAGGAUCUGAUUGGGUAUGAUAGCAUAGAACCAGGGCUGCCACCUGCAAGUUCGGAUCGGCGGAAGUGGUGGAUUGACAAUGGUUUACCGGCCAAAGCGCGCGUCCAACCACCGUCUAACGAUCACAUUCCCAACCCGAAUCGACAGAGUAAUCCGUUCACACCAAGUCCGGAACCUGAUUGGGUGGAUGUCAAGAAAAUAACAAGUAACGGCAGGCCGGAGCCUCCACCAGCAAGAGGCUCGCAACGAGCACGUACAAUCGACUUCAAUGACACAAAUACAUCAGGUUCGACGUCACACUCGACAACGGGUUUGCGACAAGGCGGAUCAACCGUUACACAAAACCCGAUAGCUAGGAAGCUGAAUGUUCCACUCUACCCUGGCCAUGCAGCGCAGAUCCUAAAUAAUGACAGCAGUCGCGACCCAAUUGGCGAUGUCAGACGCACCGCUUCAAACGCGUCUACACACUCUCUUCCAAGCCUUCCUUCCCGGCCUACGCAGCCUGGCACAUUCACAUCGUCUCAACCCCCACUGUCGAACCAACCACAAGUUCUCCGUAAACCUGCUCCACCACCGAUACCCAACAAGAAGCCGUCGCUCCUCUCUCACCCUAGCUCGACCUCCGCGCAAAGGUAUCGGGACGAGCCUUCGCCAGAAGCCGAACGGCGGCCACAAGCUCCUCCGCCGAGACGCUCGAUGGCAACACCCAGUUCUACAGCAAGGAAACCAAUUCAAAACUUAAUCGACGGAGAUGAAAAACCGCCGCUCCCACCAAGGACGGGCACAGGUCUGAGUAUGGCGAGUAAUGGAAGCAGUGGGAGAAGGGGAGGAGGCCGGAAUUUAAUGGAUGAUGAGCCUGAGGACAUGCAGAGUUUGAGGGAUUGGGAGGUUCUAAGACCUGGGCGAUAG